AUGAUAGCGGAAGCGGAAAAGUCAAAAAAGGCGAAAAUUUCUGACCUCAUAGCCCGCUUAGAACAGAUUGCCGUUCCUGACACUCCUGUUUCAGCAGCGCAUGAUGACUCGGGGCCCGUGAACUCCGUUAUCUGCGCUUCCGAAUCGGAAGCAGUUACGUUCACGGAGCAAAAAGCAGCAGCAGAGCAGUUGGAUGAGAGUACUGUACAUACUUCAGAAGAGGUUAAUCAAACGUCAGAUGGUUUGCUUUAUCCUAAUUUGGUGGAUACCGAUGCACCAGAUUUGCCUGUUGCUAUGAUCGCCGAGACAUUGUCCGAAGACAAACCUACCGAAACAUCCCCUGCUCAACCCUCGACUCUUGAGAAAGUUGACUGUGUGGAAUGCGUCCUACCCUCUGCCCUCUCCCAUGACUACUUGCGUAAUCUGUACAUUAGUCAUUCUCUGGAGAGCCUUAGCACCAAGGAAGAAGAAUUCCUGCAAGAAGUUGAUGGUGUGAGGCGGGGUUCUGCUUCAGAUAACACCGAAAAGGAUCCUUUCGAAGUGUUGUUGCUCCAUUAUGCUCACGUUUGGAAUCAGUGGAGUCAUGCACUGGAUCGGUUUCGGAUGGUCAAUGCUGAAAUAGAGCAGAUGUCACACAAGUUGUGGGACGUGCGAAAAAAGUGUAAUUCCGUCACGGGAAAGUGUAAAGAUGGCGUGUCCGUAUCAUUGGAGUACGAAUAUGAAGAGGCCGAAUUGGAUCACUCUGCAGUCACCGAGCUCGCGGAAAGCGAGGGCGUCAUUCGUUGGGUUGUUUUCGAAGAACUACCAUCCGUCGCGUACAGUCUGUCGCAGCUGCGAAAUCAAAUAAACGAGCACUUAUUGUCCGCGCUUACGUCUAGCCCGAGUUACCGCAAAGAGGCUGGCUCCGAACCGGUCAACCUAUUGGAUUCUGAUCCUGACCCAAUUCAUUGUGCCCGAAUUCGUACCCUACGCUCCAUAUGCUCCACACUGUUCUCUGUCAUUCGUCGGCAAGCUCGCGGUCCCCAAGGCCGUUCCCGCGAUUCGAUCUUCCGAAAACAGUUGCAUGACUGGACUCUGUUGACGGCUGGAACAUUGUUGCGAUCUUGUCGCCCAGUUGAUCAUCUGUUCUUGCUUAUGCAAUUGCUUCGUUUACCGUCCUACCAUCUGAGAGGCCUCCUUGGUAUUUUGAAUCCACCUGAUCCCUCUUUGGCAUGGAAUCGGUGUACCAAUUUGGUGGACUUCUUGCAUCAACCCGAAGUGGAAUUACUUCUCAGCCUGUUCGCUGUGUGCUUGCGUCCUGUACGUAAUCGUCAUAGUCUUUUAACUUCCUCGAACUCAGAAUUGCAUGACCUACUCACAGCCUCGUUCGAUUCGCCUCCCCGACAAGCCAGUGAAUCGCGCUGGACUGUUGUCGACUCUGGCGGUGAGAGUGACCAAGAAGACAGUGUACUCCUUUCUUCACGACGUCAGGUCGACUUACCCACUCCCCCCGAAUCACCGUCUGUGGAUUCCGAAUCGUCCAUAUUUGUCGGCCCUCGAGAUCUAGAGGCACUAUUGCGUCAGCUAAAUUUUGAGCGGCUGAUCCAGCUGCUAGUAUGCGAUAACACGCGUCCCACACAUCAAUAUGCAGUUAUCGGCAGUGGUUCUGGCUUGCUCACAUUGUUGGCCUUCGCUGAUCAACUCCUGGAUCUUAUCCAAUCAUGCGGCGCUAUCUACUCUGAUCAUCUGGGAGCACCUAAUCCCCGCACGCAUUUGGGCUGUUGGCGUAUCUUAGCCAAACGGCUGGCUGGACUCAUUAGCCUAUUGGUACUUGCCAUCGGCUCCCGUAUCCGGCACGCUUGGAUUCAACAAACCAUAUCGGAAAGUUGCGUCGACUUUCGUCGCGUCAUCUCCCAGUACGACUACUUCUGUCUGCGUGCUGCCAACUGUUUGUUGUCUGGAUGUGGUCUCCCAUCAACACAUCACGAGGCUGUGCGUUUGGUGUGCUGGCGUUCCUUUGUUGCUCUGUUCCCAUUCGGCCUGACGUCUAGUCGUUCGAAAGUCGACCUUCUCAAUUGUAUCCUCGCUUCUAUCCUACCAUCAUGGAGUACAUCAUCGUCCGUACCUCUCGCCUAUCUUCCUGGCCAAGUUGUCAAUCCCUUGCACCGAGCCCUUCUCUCUAUCGGUCUGAACGAUGUGGGCCUUGAAGCUUUCCUCACUGCGCUUGGCAAUUUGGCCGCACUUGAGUGUCGACCGAUCGUUACAGCUUCCGCUGGACCCGGUUACCAACUUCCCUCCAUGGAGGCGGAUCUUAUACGAGCCAUUGUACAAAUACUGUUUGCGGUCUCCGUGUUUCAUACUUCUUGUGCAAAUGAAGGUGAUUCCCAACCGACUGGUGCCUUGGGAUUAAUGCCUGUCGCCCCAGAAUGUGGCCGGAUACAGCUGACCAGUAUCACUUAUGCGCAUGCUCAUAUUUCACUCCCUCUGCUGUUCGAUCUAAUCGUGUCUGUGUGCAGUCGGAUAUCUCGUGAAGUACCACUGAAGCCUUCCAGGAGGUCAUUCAUAUUGACGGUUCCAAGCCCAACCGGUCAGCCUUUUAGAGUGCAAGAGCUUUUGGUGGCUCUUUCCACGGAACUCCCGUUGCAUUUAUUGCAGCCGGAAGCAUCUCAUGUGGCUACCCUCAUUACCUGGCUUGUCGACCGAUCGCCAGAGACCUUCGAGCAUGUACUGGCCCGCACUAUUCUGCAACGACUGAAUUGGGAGUCGGUAGUCGACUCAAACACAGGUGAACCGUUUAUUCCGUUCCGCCUUCAUCUGGAUCUUGCUUUGGCCCUCGCUCAGUUGGUUGACAACCGCCUCCUCUACCCCAGUCGCUUCAACGCCAUCGUUUAUCAUCCCGUAGUCAACCGAGUAUUGUCCUCCACCAAGUCGUCGGCCUCGUUCGCCGUCGGUGCUUUUCUCACAAGCCUCGGCUACCGGCAGCUGCAAAUACAACGGCCCGUUACUGCAGCCACGGAUCGUCAGCCACGUGGGUUGUCGCGUCGAUCCGACGUAUUGCUCUCAUCAUACCCGUUCGAUUCCCGCCGUUCGAAGAGCAAUGCACCCACCUCGGAAGUAGACGGGAGUGUGGAUGCUUCGAAACUGAUGUUGUCUUGGUGCGUCGAUCUCCUGCUUCGCUUGCAUUUACCCGGUUGUGCUGCUCCUCUGGCUCAUCAGCAACCGUCACAUUCACUCGGGAACACGAACGACCUGAGUCGAGUGUGGAAAUUGCUCUCUUCGAUGCAUCUGGAACGCAACCCGGUGGCAUCAUUUCUGCUCAUCUCGUUGAACAUGCAACUGUUUGGCCAAUCGUCAGCGCCCUCUUCUGAGACGAGUGUGUAUCGGUUGGUGAACACUGUCAUCGAUUGCCAACAGACGAAUUUAGUUUUGCGCACUCUCUCACUUCUUUUCCAUCAAUACGCCACGUCUACUCUGCCUGUAACGUGUCCAGAUUUUGCCCAAUGCCUAUCACGUGUCUUCCACCUCCACAAAUACGGACAACUGCAUCCGAUCGCGGGCUCAACUUUCGUCCCGUUGAUUGUUGGAGCUUGCUUGGACGCCUGUCUUGCACAGCCAUACAGCUGUUCGGGCUUACUGGUCUCCUUACAUGAUUGUCUGACACAACCCGGAUGGUCUCAAUCGCUCGACCGUGUCUCUCUGCUGGAGGCGUUGUUACAAAUCACAAUGUGGAUCCACAACAGUUACAUCCCCAGUUUGUUAUCAUCGAAGCCACACGUCACGAACUGGCAUCAGAGCACGCUGUUCCAAUCAUUUAAAAUCGUUCUCAAGCACACUUAUGCAUCGCAGCCGUCCACGUCUUCAUUGGGGUGGGCAGACAGGUUUGUCACACUGAGCUCCGUUGCCUCGUGGGCAUGGUUUCGUUCCACCGGAGUUCUUCAGGGUCUCAAGGAUCGCAUUCUUAGCGACCUUCCUUCUGAUGAUGAUUCCAAUCCACCGAACUUACCCUCCAAUUCCUUUUCACUGUCGGAUGCUGAAUUUUCUGCUUUAUUCGGGACACAUCGUUCCAUGCUGUUCACACUUUGGCUGGAAAUUUGUACUCUCCAGUCAUCCCCUCACGACCACGUGGACUAUCUCCAAUGGAGUGCUCAUCCAUUUUGGAUACUCUCUGCUGCAUUCGUUGCCGAUCUGGAACAGCAAACCUUUGCGGACGGGAAUCCAACCGACCACACCGCUGUUUGGGCUCGUUUGUCAGCAGUGUUAAUCACUCACUUGGACGAACUGAUAACCGUGUUCCACAACCCCGGUGCACCCAUUAGCUCCGGCUGUCCGGUAGGCACAUCCCUCGCAUUGCUAUUGGAGCGACUCUUGUUGGAGGCCGAUGUACUGUGUCCCGACUCGGCCAAUCCGACCGGUCCUGCGGGUCAGGCUCAAUCCGUCGCCUUAGUGACUCGCAUCCGCGCUGAACUCAUUCAAAUCUCUGUUAUUCAAGGAGUCAGCCUUUUGGAUACCUGUCCCACAUCACAUCCAGCAUUCAUCCUUCUCUUACACACACUUCUCAGUCAUUUGUUUGGCAUUCGCAGGGCACUCAGUUCGCAACCAGAAUGUCAUACACCUUGCAACCUGUUUCCCGUUGGAAUCGCAUUGCUUCGCUGUUUGCCUUGGUCCCUGUUCCACAUACCGUUUCUGGCGCCGGUUGAAUACACCACUGUCAAGGUGACCAAUGAGCCAAAUGGACAAGUUGAUAGUCGUUCCCUUUUGGAUGUUUUACUCGCGAGACUCCGAAAGCAGCUUGUCUUCUACGGUGGCAUCACUGACAAUCCAGCGGAGCAGUCGAAGUGCAUUCGCCGAUUGAGCGAUCUGCUUGACCCAUUUUUUGCCCUAAUGCUCCAAGAAACGCGUUACUUCGGCUCCCAAUCCAUCUGGACUUGCCUGCUUGAUGUGAUGAACAACGAAGUGGUCGAAUGCGGUGGUUUAUCAUCAUCCACAGAAAGUGUUUCCGCUCUGCUUAACUCGCUGGGCGCAUCUCUUUCCAACCAGCCCUCCUCUACCCUUCCAACUGCAACUACAGUGCGUGAAUCUCUGCUGGAAGAACUGCUGCAUUCAACCGGCGAAAAUGUGACCCUAACCGUGAUCGCCAUUUUGGGAAGGCUUAUCCUUGAACUCGGAGCGAAACUAGGCGCCUGCGUUCGAGAAAAUCACAUGACAGCUCAGUCCGCUUCCUCGAUGUUAAUGGAACAGCUACUUCAUAUUCUUGGGCCUUUCAUGCAGAAGAGUGCCUCGGCGGCUAUUGAAGGCCUCGAUUCUCCAGACGGUUUGAAUCACCGAUAUCUGUCUAUCUUGGAAGCAUCUCUCGCCUCGUCAAGUGAUACACUACGACGCGUUUCACAAGUUUGCCCACCUCAUGUGGAUCCGGCCUGGUCUUGUCUGCUACACGAUUCGUUCAUUCAUUGGCUUAUGUCAGCAACUUGUCCAUGUGGCCACCAGGACACCAGUCGCCCUUCCCUACCUGGUUUCAACCCUCACAUUGGUGCACUUCCCACCGGUCCCCCAUCCGCUCCCGUCGGUUCUACUUCAUCCGUUCCUUUGUUUGCUGCGUUGUGCGCAAUUAAGGAUUCCGCGCUAGCGGGUACGGAAAAUGAUCCCAAACUGUUCACUUUCUCCUGGGCAGCUUGGCGACCAAGCAUUGCUACUCUGAACGCUAUGAUACAGGUACUACUCAAAUCGCGUGGACUGCCACGUCCGUUCUCUGGCAUCUCCACCGCUUCCGCGAUGAUUGCAUUGCUUGGACCUAUCGAAUGGCCAACAGCGUACCAUUCGGUCGAUGUAACGCGUCAGUUCGUUUCUUCGCAUUGGGGAACAACCGAACAAUCUACUGGGCUGAAUUUCUCCGAAAUGCAAUCGAGUGACCUACGAGUUGCCUUUCUGGAAUCACUCAGCUUCCUUCUGGUUCUUCUGACGCUGCUUGCACGCAAUGGUGACACUGAGCUCCGGAACAAUCUGCAACAAAUCAUCGAAGCAGUGCUCAGCGACCUCCACUUCUCCCACGUGAACGAUCGCUGUUACAGUCUCAUUUUGUCCCAUCUGGUUGAAGCGCAACUCCCCGCCUACUGUGUCCUCAUGCCACCGACAUGCUUGGAAGGCAGGCUCUUUGGGUGA